GCUCUCAGGCCAUCAUGGCGUCUCCCAGUGGGAAGGGAGCCCGGGCGCCGGAGGCUCCUGGCUGCGGGUCCCGGCCGCUUGCUCGGGACCUGGUGGACUCCGUAGACGAUGCGGAGGGGCUGUAUGUGGCGGUCGAGCGGUGCCCGCUAUGCAACACCACCCGCCGGCGGCUGACCUGUGCAAAGUGCGUCCAGAACGGUGAUUUCGUCUACUUCGACGGCCGCGACCGUGAGAGGUUUAUUGACAAGAAAGAAAGGUUAAGCCGACUUAAGAGCAAGCAAGAAGAAUUUCAAAAAGAAGUGUUAAAAGCUAUGGAAGGGAAAUGGAUAACAGAUCAGUUGAGAUGGAAAAUAAUGUCUUGCAAGAUGAGGAUUGAACAGCUGAAACAAACAAUAUGUAAAGGAAACGAAGAAAUGAAGAAAAAUUCUGAAGGCCUCCUCAAAACAAAGGAAAAAAAUCAGAAGCUUUACAGUCGUGCACAACGGCACCAAGAGAAAAAGGAGAAGAUUCAGAGACAUAAUCGCAAACUUGGUGACUUGGUGGAAAAAAAAAACAUGGACUUAAAAAGUCAUUAUGAGCGUCUGGCAAGUCUUCGGCGAUCUCAUAUAUUAGAGCUCACCUCUGUCAUUUUUCCAAUUGAGGAAGUAAAGACUGGUGUGAGAGAUCCCGCGGACGUGUCUUCAGAAAGUGACAGUGCCAUGACCUCCAGCACCGUGAGCAAGCUUGCCGAAGCCCGGAGGACAACUUACCUCUCAGGGAGGUGGGUCUGUGACGACCACAACGGAGACACCAGCAUUAGCAUUUCUGGGCCCUGGAUUAGCCUCCCGAACAAUGGAGACUACUCUGCGUACUACAAUUGGGUGGAAGAGAAGAAAACAACGCAGGGACCUGACAUGGAGCAUAAUAAUCCUGCUUACACGAUCAGUGCUGCACUAUGCUAUUCAACUCAGCUGGUCAACAUUUUGUCACAUAUACUCGAUGUAAAUCUUCCCCAAAAACUGUGCAACAGUGAAUUUUGUGGGGAAAAUCUCAGCAGACAGAAAUUUACUCGAGCAGUGAAGAAAUUGAAUGCAAAUAUCCUUUACCUUUGCUUUUCUCAGCAUGUAAAUUUAGAUCAAUUGCAGCCACUGCAUACCCUCAGGAAUCUAAUGUACCUGGUCAGUCCGAACUCUGAACAUCUAGGCAGGUCGGGACCCUUUGAAGUACGAGCAGACCUUGAGGAGUCCAUGGAAUUUGUGGAUCCCGGAGUUGCUGGAGAAUCCGAUGAGAGUGGAGAUGAGCACGUCAGUGACGAGGAAACUGACCUGGGCACGGACUGGGAGAACCUGCCAAGCCCCCGGUUUUGCGACAUCCCUUCCCAGCCCGUGGAAGUCUCCCAGAGCCAGAGCGCCCAGGCGUCCCCACCCAUCGCAAGCAGUAGCGCCGGAGGGAUGAUUUCCUCCGCGGCCGCCUCCGUGACCUCCUGGUUUAAAGCCUACACUGGACACCGUUAGUGAGCAUGGACAAACACAUGCCAGAUUUGCAUUGAGAAGGUUCUUCUGCCAUUUACACAGUAGUAAAGUAAACCUUACCUGCUAACUAAAGAGAGUGCCUGGAACAAAACAGGUUGAACUGUUUGUUUUCUUUAAAGUGGAGACAGAAAACGUUUUUGUCACAUGGCCUGGGAUGAUGACUGACAUAUUAUAAAUGGGUAGAUCUAUGUUUCUGACAAUUAAUAGAACAGAGGGGUCAGCGGUCCUUGUCCCCAGUCCAGUGUUGGUAGAAGGACCUGUGCCUGGGGUCAGUUCCUGAUUCUGUUGAAGAAGAAAGUCUUCUGGGUUCCCUCUGACCACAGGCUGUUGGACCCACAGAAUCCGCAGGGACGGGUUUAUGUGUUAGCCCUUGUGACCCUGAGACUGUCCGUGAACACUGUAAUUAUGUGUUAGAAAUUGAAUCACAGGGAAAUAAUUCUUGAUGUCAGGACUUGAAAGAUAAAAACUGUUUAGUACGAGUUUGUUUUUAUGCCAUCACUUUUUGUACAGAGAACCAGAAGCCAAUUUGAUGUCUUUAUAGUCUGGUCAUCUUGGGUUUUUAGAUCAAGGAUUUUGGUUUUAUUUGGGAGGAGGUGGUCUUUUUGAGGGGUAGGGUUUAGUUUAAAAAUUAUUUCAUUUGUGCUGCUCUGUCGUAGUUUGUCAGACAUUCCUGUUUUGCUUUCUCCCCACACACCAAAGAAACUAAGGUCUUUUCGUUUAGGACCCACGUCCGUGGAUGAAAGAAAUCCUAGCUGCAAUAAUGUCUUAGAGAUUUUAAAACAAUUUUCUUGUAUUCUGAGGGGAAUCAAGCUCAUUUUCAUCCAGGUUUUUCAAUUGCUCCCAUCCACAGUAUGUGCAUUUGAAAUUGAACUUAUUUUCUGUGAGUAAAAGUAAGUCAUUAAGGUUGUUCCCUUGUAUAAACUAAAUGCACAGGUUAAAAGCCACUUAAGUGGCCUCUGGUCAUUCUUUCAGUGUCUAGUUUCUUUGGAAGGGAUUUAUUAGGUGACAGGUGUUUCCAAGGGAUAAUCAUCCUAUUUGUUUGUUUCCUAGAGGUCUUGGUCACUCUGAGGACGCUACUUUUGCUCAGAAAUGCAGAGCAGAUACUUUUAGCUGAUACUAUUCUUCUCUCUCCUAGGGAAAGCUCAGAGAUAAUUUUCCCUCACCAAGAGAACAUUCUCAGCUAAUGUGUCUUGUCAUUUUCUUAGUGACAAUCUUAUAAGAAAACUGUAAUGAAAGAGGCAUUAUGUACAAAUAUGUAAGUAGUUUUGUUUUUUAAUAACUGCAAAAAAAAAUCCUUUGAAAAAUUCCUAACAAGCAUUAUUACCAUAUCUUGUUAGCAUCAUUAGCAUGAUAGUACAUCAGGUAAAUCACUCAGAGGUUUGAUCUGCACUAGCUUCUUUUCUCAUUGUAACUAUUAUGGUUGAUCCUCUGCCUCCAAAUCCGAGGUGCUACAUAGCUUUUGCUAUGGGUAUAUUUGAUGUUUGGUAAGAGUUUUGGAUAGAGUUGCAGAGGAAGAGAGUUUAUUCCUCUCCAGGAGUACCAAGUUCCCUGACUCUAUGAAUUUUCCACUUAGGGAACGGACAGACUUGCCCCUUGUGGGUUCUUGUACAACCGGCGUCUCUGUUUCAAGUGGUCACCUACGAUUGCUGGGCUUGCAUGUUCCUACCCAGUUCUGUAGUUCAUAGAGUGGGUAUAGUAGACCUGAAUAAAUACCAAAUGAACUUAAAACCCUGUGAGACAAAAAGUUGUCUAGCUAUUUCAGACUCUCCAGAAGGAAUAGCUUAGUCUCAGGAGUUAGAAGAUGGGAUCGGAGAUAGAAGAUUGACGUUAGCCGUGAGAUGCAUAAUAGUCAUGGUUUUCCCAAGUAAGUCUCUUAUGAAACCAUGAAUGUGAGAUGAAGCUAAAGACAAGAAUCCAAAUAUCACAACUCAUAUCUAGAGUAAUUCAAUAAAACUUAACAAGGAUGUGGGAAAUUUAGGUAUUGAAAAGGGUAUAUUUUGUUGUUAAUAUCAGCUAGAGGCACUUUACUUAGAGGUAAAUGAUCAAACCCUUUAGUGGUUUUGAACACCAACAUACUGGCUUAUAUUGCUGAGAUGUUUUGGUUUUCAUUAUUUUGCACUGGAUCCACCCUGUAAAUAUUCUUAAAUAUACAUUUCAACCACUGUUUUUUCUACUCUUUGCUGCUCAUUAAAAUCUUUCACGUAGGUGCCAGAACUAUGUGUAAACAGCUUUAAAAAAAAAAAAAUUUUGAAGCUGUUUUUUUAAAAACAAAAAGCCAUAGAACUUGGUCAUAUUUUCCAUUUAAAAGUGAUUUAUUGAAACAAGGUAAUACUAAUAAAAUGCACAGGCACCAAAUAGGCUGCUGAAAUGGUCUGUUCAAGACUGUUUCUUUUUUUUCUGGUAAUAGAAUAUAACUAAGAAAAGUUUUGCACAUCUAGAAGUUAAGGGGGAAAACAGUAUGUCAACAUCAAGUGUAGUAGACAGGAUUCAUUUAAGGAUUUAUGAAUAGAUAUCUGGGAAAGAACAUUCAGUAGCAUGCUGUUAAAAGAACUACAGUGUCUGAGAGUCUCCUCACAGUGUCAUGUUGCAGGAAUUUCCCUUGCUCUGCAACUUCCAAACCAGUUUGAAUCAUAUGUUUUCUAAACUUGUAUUGUAUCACUGCAAUAAAUCUUUUAACAGUACAA